AUCACGAAUACCGAGUACUAAAAAGGAGUCUGGAUAGUAGACUCCUCACAUUUUGGUUUUCCAUUGAUGGAUUCGUUAAGCACAAACUUGUUCUUCUUCCUCUGCAUAUUCUUACUGGUAUUAACAUGUUUUCCAUACAAUUUAUGGGCUGUAGAAGAGACCCUUUUGAGAUCUGAAACUGAGUUGCUAACUCAUGAACUUCUUGAAUCGGCGAAGCAGCCGGAGUUUUUCGAUUGGUUAAAAAGGGUUCGGAGGAGAAUCCAUGAGUACCCAGAAUUGGCUUUUGAAGAAUACAAAACGAGUCAAUUCGUUCGAGAUGAGCUGGAUUUGCUUGGGAUUGAGUAUGUAUCGCCAGUAGCGAAAACGGGUCUGGUUGGAACUGUCGGGUCGGGUCGUCAACCAUGGUUUGGUUUGAGAGCUGACAUGGAUGCUCUCCCUAUGCAGGAAUUGGUAGAUUCAGAGUACAAAAGCAAGAUCAAUGGCAAAAUGCAUGCCUGCGGCCAUGACGCUCAUGUCACCAUGUUGCUUGGAGCAGCUAGAUUGCUUCAAAAUAGAAGGGACAAGUUGAAGGGCACGGUUAAGCUAGUCUUCCAGCCUGCAGAAGAAGGCUAUGCUGGAGCCUCCUAUAUGAUAGAAGAAGGAGCAUUAGAUGGGGUUAAAGCAAUAUUUGGCAUGCAUGUCUGGCCAUUUAUUCCCACUGGUAUUAUUGGUUCAAGACCUGGUCCUAUUAUGGCUGGUGCAGGAAGGUUUACAGCAAUAAUGCAAGGGAAAGGUGGACAUGCAGCAACACCACAUAGAACUAAGGAUCCUAUUCUUGCUGUUUCUAUGGCAGUUCUUGCACUCCAGCAACUUGUUUCUCGAGAAACUGAUCCUCUCGAGUCUAGGGUUGUCUCUGUUGCAUUUGUAGAUGGUGGUGAGGCUGGAAAUGUGAUCCCUGAAAGUGUGAAAUUUGGUGGAACGUUCCGGUUCAUGACGUUUGAGGGUCAUUCCUAUCUUAAGCAAAGGAUCAAAGAGAUCAUCGAGACACAAGCAAGUGUACAUCAGUGUUCAGCCACUGUUGAUUUUGCGGAGGACUUACUGAGACCAUAUCCACCAACUGUAAACGACCCCACGAUGUACGAGCAUGCUAAGAAAGUUGGAGAAGUCUUACUCGGUGAGAAAAACGUGCAGUAUGCCUCAAUUACAAUGGGUGCAGAGGACUUCAGCUUCUAUUCCCAGAAGAUGCCUGCUGCAUUUUUUAUCAUCGGAGCACAAAAUAAAACGGCCACCGCGACUGGUGUUAAAGGUUUACACUCCCCUUACUUCACUCUUGAUGAAGAUGUUCUUCCAAUAGGUGCGGCCCUCCAUGCUGCUGUUGCCAUUUCUUAUUUUGAUACACAUGUUCAGAUACAGUAGAAUUAUACAUUUUUGGAGAUCGAAGAAUCAUCCCAUUUGUAAAUGAAAAAUAUUUUGAUUUUAAUGAACAAGAAGUCCAUAUGGAGCCACUUCUGGGCUAACCACAUCCUUCGAUUCUCCGCUUAAA